UAAAGUUGAGAGUCACAGCUCUCACGAGUAGGCGAUACACCUACGUUUAGCUUCCCCAGCCCAAAACAAAAACCUACAAUCGCCACUGCCCACUUCAUCUAGAGUGAGUCCUUCAUUUGUGCUUCAAGUAUGCAAAACACAACAAUCAAAAACUUGUCCGACGCAGCCUACAACGUCAAUCAAGAUAAGAAUUUGAAGGCCUUGAGAUUCAUUGAAGAUGUUACGAGUAAUGCCGAUGAAAUCCAGAAGCAGGUUCUCGCGGAGAUUCUGUCCACUAACGCCAACGUUGAGUACUUGCAGCGACACGGCCUCAACGAACAUGAUAUAGAUGUAGACACUUUCAAGAAGGUGAUCCCAGUUGUCACUUACGAAGAUCUGAAGCCAUAUAUCGACCGUAUCGCUAAUGGUGAUACUUCACCAAUCCUAUCUUCCAAACCAAUUUCAGAGUUCCUGACUAGCUCUGGAACAUCAGGAGGAGAGAGGAAAUUGAUGCCAACAAUCAAAGAAGAGAUGGAGAGGCGAUCUUUAUUUUAUAGCCUAAUGAUGCCGGUGAUGAACCAGUUUGUUCCAGAUUUGGACAAAGGGAAAGGGGUGUUCUUUUUCUUCAUAAAAUCAGAAGCUAAGACUCCUGGAGGACUUGUGGCUCGUCCAGUCCUAACUAGCUACUACAAGAGUUCACAAUUCAAGGACAAGAUUACUAAUGAUCCAUACAACAAGUAUACCAGCCCAAUUGAAACAAUUCUCUGCUCUGAUUCUUACCAGAGCAUCUAUUCUCAAUUACUUUGUGGCCUCUGCCAAAACACCGAUGUUCUUCGCGUGGGAUCGAUUUUUGCUUCCGGGUUUAUUCGGGCAAUCCGGUUCCUUGAAAAGAAUUGGAAAAUUCUUUGCAAUGACAUAAGAAAUGGAACAUUAGAUGACAACAUCACUGACCCAAAAGUGAGAGAAGCUGUCCUGAAGAUUCUGAUCAAACCGAACCCAAAACUUGCAGAUUUUAUUGAGGCAGAGUGUAGGAGGGAGGAUUGGAAAGGAAUCAUUCCAAGGUUAUGGCCUAACACCAAGUACGUUGAAGUUAUUGUUACUGGGUCAAUGGCACAGUAUGUUCCUAAACUUGAUUAUUACAGCAACAACAGCCUCCCAAUUGUUUCCGCUCUAUAUGCUUCUUCAGAGUGUUAUUUUGGUCUGAAUUUGAACCCUCUAUGCAAACCAAGUGAAGUCUUCUACACACUCCUUCCGAACAUGUGCUACUUUGAGUUUUCGCCUGUGAAUCGCAUCAAUGGUUCCCCCAAUGAUGAUAGAAAGUUGGUUGAUCUCGUGGAUGUUGAACUUGGACAAGAAUAUGAGCUUGUCGUCACUACUUAUUCCGGUCUUUAUCGGUAUCGAGUUGGGGACAUACUUCGAGUGGCCGGAUUCAAGAACGAGGCUCCUCAAUUCAAUUUUAUCUGUAGAAAGAGUGUUGUUCUCAGCAUUGAUUCGGAUAAAACUGACGAAGCUGAGCUACAAAUUGCAGUGACAAAUGCGGCAAAGCAUCUGUUACAAUUUGAUGCAUCUCUUAUAGAGUACACAAGCUAUGCAGACACAUCUUCAGUUCCUGGUCACUAUGUACUCUACUGGGAAAUAGACCAAACUGGGGCAACCAAAGUACCUCCUUCAGUGUUUGAGAAUUGUUGCCUUGCUGUAGAAGAAUCACUCAACAGUGUUUAUCGCCAAGGCCGAGUAUCCGAUAAAUCAAUCGGACCCCUGGAGAUAAAGAUAGUGGAAACUGGGACAUUUGACAAGCUCAUGGACUAUGCUAUAAGCCAAGGUGCAUCAAUGGCUCAGUACAAGACUCCAAGGUGCGUCAAAUAUGCCCCAAUUGUUGAGAUCCUCAAUGCAAGGGUUGUGUCAAGUUAUUUCAGUCCAAAAUGUCCGCAAUGGGCUCCUGGUCAAAAGCACUGGUCUAAUCACAACUGAGAAACCAAGGACCAGGAGCUUUCUAUAUAUCGUGCUUGUCUUCCUAUAUAUUCUCCUUUCUUUUGUUUCUCUCUUCUAUUUCAGCCUUAUUGAUUGUCAUUUGAAAUUCGGAUGGACAGAAAUUGAACAAUCCAUAUGAGUCCUGAGUGGCUGUUGAA